CAGCAGCACGAGUAUGGUCGAUCACUUUCUCUCCCCCACAGGUGACCGCGGGGAGGCCGACCGCCGGCCAGAUGUGGUGCGGAAGGACCAGGGCCUUGCUCCGGAUGUCGGGGUUAUGGCCGACAGGGGUGCUCGGGAGGAGACCGCUAAACUGCAGUGCUGCGUCACUGGCGGGAAGCAACUCCCCCCGGUGUUGGAAUUGCGGCGGCCUAGGGGGCCCCUUGCGAGGGGACCGGUUCUUCUGCCCUCAGUGCCGCGCGCUGCAGCCACCAGACCCCACGCGAGACUACUUCAGCCUCAUGGACUGCAACCGCUCCUUCAGAGUUGACACUGCGAAGCUCCAGCAUAGGUACCAGCAACUACAGCGUCUUAUCCACCCAGAUUUCUUCAGCCAGAGGUCUCAGACUGAAAAGGAUUUCUCAGAGAAGCAUUCGACCCUUGUUAAUGAUGCCUAUGAGACCCUUCUGGCUCCCCUGAGCAGGGGACUAUACCUUCUAAAGCUCUGUGGAGUAGAGAUUCCCGAAGGGACAGAUUAUGAAGUGGACAGUCAGUUCCUCAUGGAAAUAAUGGAAAUCAAUGAAAAACUUGCAGAAGCUCAAGGUGAAACUGCCAUGAAAGAGAUGGAAUCUAUUGUCAGAGCUAAACAGAAAGAAUUGACUGACAAUGUGAGCAGAGCUUUUGAAAGAGGGGACACGGAUUUGAGCCCUGGUCCAGGAAGAUCCCACAUGCCGCGGAGCAACUACUGAGCGCCACAACUACUGAGCCUGCGUUCUAGAGCCCGCAAGCCACAACUACUGAGCCUGCGUUCUAGAGCCCACGAACCACAACUACUGAGCCCGUGUACCACAACUGCUGAAGCUCGCUCGCCUAGAGCCCAGCUCUGCAACAAGAGAAGCCACUGCAAUGAGAAGCCCGUGCACCACAACAAAGAGUAGCCCCCGCUCGCCACAACUAGAGGAAGCCCAUGCACAGCAACGAAGAUCCAACGCAGCCAAAAAUAAAUAAAUAAAUUUAGAAAAAACAAAACAAACCAAAAUACAAACCUGUGCAGACAAUAUGAUCUCAAUUAUGUGAAGAUGGUUGCACUUAAGAAAUUAAUGAAAGGAACAAGAUCAAAAUAUUAACUAUGCUGAAGACCUAAAUAGACGUUUCUCCAAAGAAGACAUACAGAUGGCCAAGAGGCACAUGAAAAGAUGCUCAACAUCACUAAUUAUUAGAGAAAUGCAAGUCAAAACUACAAUGAGAUAGCACCUCACACCGGUCAGAAUAGCCAUCAUCAAAAAAUCUACAAACAGGGACUUCCCUGGUGACGCAGUGGUUAAGGAUCCACCUGCCAAUGCAGGGGACACGGGUUCGAGCCCUGGUCCGGGAAGAUCCCACAUGCCGUGGACCAACAAAGCCUGUGUGCCACAACUACUGAGCCUGUGCUCUACAGCCUGAGAGCCACAAUUACUGAGCCCGCAUGCCUAGAGCCCGUGCUCUGCAACAAGAGAAGCCACUGCAGUGAACAUCCCGUGCACCACAGCGAAGAGUAGCCCCCACUCACUGCAACCAGAGAAAAGCCCGUGUGCAGCAAUGAAGACCCAACGCAGCCAAAAAUAAAAUAAAUUUUUUAAAAAAUCUAUCUACCUGCAGACCUGCCAGAUUUCCCAGAGCAGAGUGCCUCAUUCCGGAUCUCUGCCCUGAACUCCUUUCAGAGUGUGCUGAAAGUCAGCUCUUGCAGUGGCUAAUGACCUAAUCCUUAUAAAGCCAGAUGGUGAGUGACAUUCUUUAGUUAGUAUUUGAUUUAGGCAUCAAGGUAACACUGGCCUCUUAUAAUGGAUUGGGAAAAUUUCCCUCCUCUUCUAUUUGCUGGAAGAGUUUGUAAAGGAUUGCUGUUAAUUUUUCUUUAAAUAUUCAGUAGAUUUCACUGGUGAAGCCAUGUGGACCUGGUCUUUUCUUUGUAGGAAGAUUGUUAAUU